UAUAGCACUGACUUAAAAAAAACCCAUCAGUUUUUGUAUCAGGCUGAUAAUAUUCAAACUCGAGUGCGCCAGUAGCAGCCACAGUGUUAGAUUACAGCGACCUCUGCUGUACCAGCGUAUUCAUUGCAGUGCCUCAGAUGAGGAAGGGUGGCCUGUGAUGUAGUAAAGGAUUGAAGUGUGCACUUUAAAGGGUGUUAUUUGUUGUCUGACUUUGUUAAUUAUUAUAGUUGGGAUUUUAAAUUUGGUACCAUAGUUGUAGUUUUUUUCUAUUAAUUAAAAGAAACCCUUAGUAAAAUAUUUCCACUAUGCUAGUCUCAACAACAAGGAGCAAGAACAUGAACUAGCAGGAAGGGAGGGGGGGUAAGGGUGCAAGAGAGCCCAGGUACACAAAAAGAAGGAAAAGCGCAGGUUUAAAGUGCGUCACAUACACAUGAAUACCAACACGUGAAUGCGAGAAUGUAUUUAAAAAAUAAUUACUUUUAUCUUUUUUUUUUAAAUAAAUAUAACAAUAAUUUCACGUUACACUCCGAGCCAGCGGGGGGAGUACUUUGUCGGCCGCCACGCCCCCCUCUUACAACAGUAACGGAUAAAAUGGCGUCCGAAAACAGCUCUGAAUCUCAAGAUGAGAAAGCAGCUCUUAUAAACCCGGACUCAGAGCAAGAUGUUCAUCAGGAGUGCGGCACAGUCGCAAAACAGUGCGAAUCCAAACUGACGCUGUAUCACUGGACGCAGUCGUUCAACUCUCAGAAGGUGCGUCUCGCCAUAGCAGAGAAAAGUUUGCACUGUGAAGAGUACGACGUGAGCCUUCCUCUCAGCGAGCACAACGAGCCGUGGUUCAUGCGCCUGAAUCCGGGUGGCGAGGUUCCAGUCUUAGUUCACAAUGACAAUGUCAUCUGUGACCCAACGCAGAUCAUGGACUACCUGGAGCAGAACUUCAAUGAUGAGGGCACUCCGAGGCUGGUCCCAGAAGAGGGCAGUACCUACCACCUAAGAGUGCAGCACUACAGAGAGCUGCUGGACUCACUACCCAUGGAUGCCUACACCCAUGGCUGCCUACUGCACCCUGAAAUCACUGUGGACUCCCAUAUACCAGCAUAUGCUGCCACAUGUGUACGAACACAGAUCGGAAACACACAGUCAGAGCUGAUGAAACUGGCAGAGCAGAACCCAGAGCUUAAAGACGCUUAUAUAGCGAAACAAAAGCGCCUGAAAUCCAAGUUAUUUGACCAUGACAACAUGAAGUACCUGAAGAAGCUUCUUGAUGAACUGGAAAGCGUGAUGGAUCAGGUUGAGACAGAGCUACAGAGAAGAGUGGAAGAAACACCAGAAGAAGGCAGCCAGCCUUGGUUGUGCGGUGACUUCUUCAGCUUGGCCGACGUCUCCCUGGCAGUCACCUUACACCGGCUGAAGUUUCUCGGCCUCUCUCGUCGCUACUGGGGCAACGGUAACCGCGUCAACGUGGAAACAUACUACGAACGUGUGGUGGAGCGCCCGGCCUUCAGGAGAGUACUGGGCCACGUCAACAACAUCCUGAUCUCUGCUGUCCUUCCCGUGGCCUUUCGCGUGGCCAGGAAGAAUGCACCGGCUAUUGUUGGUACCACUCUGUUGAUAGGUGUUCUAGGAGGAGCCACAUACCUCGCUUUUCUUUACAUGAAGAAGAGGCUGACUGCCUUCAGCUGAGGGAAACUGAAGUGGUUUGAGACCAAAGUGGGGUUUAAACAAACUCAAAGUGUCUAAUGCUAUAACACCCAGCAUACGAGCAAUUAAUAAACAUAUGUUGCCCGAAAUUGUUUUUUUGGGAUGCUGGUUGCACAAAACACGCUGCUGCAUCACGCAUGUUUUGUCAUUAAUCAAAGGUGCCACAUCUGAUGAGUAUGCAUCUCUGCAUAUUCACCAGCAACGAUUUGGUAGGCGGUAUGAAAAGUAUGCCAAUAUAUACGAAUGCUAAAGUAGGUGGCCUGAAACAGAUAAUAAUGGAAAUAUGAUUGGGUCUUGCAUCAAAAAGGCCAUUUUAAUGGGCAGAUUGUUUUUACAGCACAUGUGGCUGCACAUGAAUGCGCCAUCCCUCUUCGGAAGAAUCUGGAUCAUCCAAUCAUAACACAGCAGUGACGCAAAUAUUAGGAAAUACGAGUAGACUUUCAUACUGUAGCUAAAGUGAUGAAAGCAAUUACUAUCUGAAAGCAACAUAUUUAUAAAUCCUGCAUAAAAGGCAUGCUUGAUAUAUAUUAAUGAACUAAGAUGUGCACAAGCGCUGAAUAAAGACAUCAUUGUGUGUAUUUUUUUUAAAUUAAGGAUCAGUUUUGCUUAACGUGUGCUUUGCAUUUGUUGUUUAAUCAAUGCCAAUAUAUGCAUGUUAGGAAAAUAAAAUAAAGUAAAAUCUCUGUGGGCAACUUUUUCAAAUCUACAUAGGAGGCUGUCUACUUUUUAGGAAAGCUCAUUUUCACUGUAUCCCCAGCCUUCACAUCUGCAUAUGUUUUUCUGUAUAAAUUAUGCUUCCGUGUUUGAUAGAUUCACCGUGUAACGAUGGUCGAAUGAGUACCGUUACAGUCAAUAUGCAGACCAUCCUGUCUAACAUCUGUCUAAAAUUAAACU